UGUUUUGACUUGUGUGUGUUUGUGCGAGAAAGAAAGUGUGCGCGCGCGCGCUCGCGCGCCUGAGUGUUUGGCGUUCCAGUGACACGCGCACCCGCACCGGCAAACACGCACGAGCGCGCGCCGACCGGGCGAUGACGCCGUCGCGGUGACGGAAGGCGAGCGCGAGGACGCCGCGGCCGGCCCGUGUGACGCGCGAGAGCCGCACCGACCCGACCCGCUCCGCUCCGCUCCGCACGCGCGCGCCCGCGCGCUCCUGUGGCAUGCGGUCUCCAUGGAGACGGCUACAGUUGGUGCAGUGCGUUUGAAGCGAGUGGGCUGCCGCCGCCGCGCGCGUGCUCAUGUUCGGAGAUUAUCGACGCUGGGGGAAAAAAAUAAUAAUAACAAUAAUAAAGGAAGAAACAGCAAACCGCGGAUUCCGCCGUCUUUCUUCAGGACGUGGGAGGACACCAGAUCAGACACCAGAUUAGACACCAGAUCAGACUCACGUCAAUACUAUUCGGGCGUUUUUUUUUUUUUUUUGCGGCCGCCGCGUGACGUGUUCGCUUCGGUGCUCGUGCAGUUUCUAUGUGUAACUGCUAUCUAUCUAGGUGAGAUAACUAGUUAUCACCAGGAGGUGAUCCAUCUAUCAGUCCAUCAUCUAGAGUUCACACCUAGAAAUGAGAGGAUGGGCCAGAUCUGAACAUCAGAACCUUUCCAUGAGGAUUCUCCGCCUGGUGCAAUGGAAAAGCAACCUCCAAUUAUCAUCAUCAUCAUCAUCCGAAGUUCACCGAUCAUCUGCUCUUCCUUCUGAAGGAAUUCCUGUUCCAGGCUUGAGAUAUGAGCGAGAAUGCAAUAAUUAGUCUUUUUUUUUUCCAGUCAUGUGUGUGAAAGUUUCUGUUUAACCUGAAGGAGUUUGUAUUUUCGGCCGUGGGAGGAAAAGAAUUUAUCGUUUCGACUGGAGGAGCUCGGAGAAGAUGCCCAAGGUGUGAGAAAGGAAGAAGGUGACGUUAAAAACAGAGCAGAUGUUCAUCAGCAAGAUGACCCUGAGCCAGUCCGGGGUGUUUGGACAGAUAGAUGACCUGCAGGACCUGUCGUUUAUUGAGAGACCCAUUCGCAGGAGUCUGAAGACGGCAGAGGAGAUUGAGAAGUUAACUGUAGAUGAAGAUCUGAAUGAUAUCGAGCGAGCGGUCUACCUCCUCAGCUCUGGGCAGGACGUCCAGCGAGCCAGCGUGAUCGUCAACCUGCCAAACCUGGUGCGUCAGAACCCAGCUGAGACCUUCAGACGAGUGGUGCCAAAAGUCAGGGAAGUGCUGCACGUGGCCGGUGCGGACAUGCAGCUCGCUGCAGCAGGCUCUUUCCUCACCGUCCUGCAGGACGACAUCGUCCUCAUCCAGACUCACACUCACUCCAUCCUUCAGAUCGUCCUCCUCAACUUAGACCACAGGGACACAGUGGUCAGCAGUGCUUGGCUUGAGACUUUGUUAUCAGCGAUUGAUGCGUUACCAAAAGAAACCAUCAGACAGGAGAUCCUGAGCCCACUGGUAUCAAAAGCUCAGCUUUCGCAGUCCGUAGCGUCCCGGCUGGCCAGCUGUCGCAUCCUGGGGAAGGUGGCUGCCAAAUUCGAGUCAUCAGUGGUGAAGAAGGACCUGCUGCCUCUGGUCAGGUCGUUGUGUCAGGACGUGGAGUACGAGGUGCGCUCCUGCAUGUGUCGCCAGCUGGAGAACAUCGCCAGGGGAAUUGGACCUGAACACACGAAGGCCGUGGUGCUGCCGGAGUUGGUGGAGCUGGCACGUGAUGAGGGCAGCACCGUGAGACUGGCAGCCUUCGACACCAUCAUCAACCUCUUGGAGAUGUUCGACAACGACGACAGGACACGUGUUAUAUUCCCCCUGGUGAAGACGUUCUGUGAGAAGUGCUUCAAAGCUGACGAGGCUGCGCUGGCAUCACUGUCCUUCCAGUACGGAAAACUGUGUCAUGGCCUGUCAGCGUCUUUCACAGACGAGCAGCACCUUUGGUUCCUGGAGUUCUAUAAGAAGUUGUGUUGUCUGGGUCUGCAGCACGAGAACGGACACUGCGAGAGCCAACCUUACCCUCUAGAGCUGGAGAACAAGUAUGCCCUCGUGCGCCGCAACUGCGCCUACAAUUUCCCAGCCAUGGUGUUAUUUGCUGACCCGAACCACUUCCUGUCUGAGCUGUACCGGACCUUCUCAAGCCUCUGUCAUGACCCUGAGAUCUCAGUGCGGCGCAUGGCUGCCGAAGGGUUUCACGAGGUGGUGAAACUGCUGGGCUCAAAUGUGCAUUAUAUUCACAAAGAGCUGAUCACCUUACUGCAAGAUGACUCAUUAGAGUCUUUGUCUGAUCCUCUAUCUGAUCCUCUGUCUGAUCCUCUGCCCCAGCCUCUGUCUGAUCCUCUGCCCCAGUCUCUGUCUGAGUUUGUUCUGUGGUGUUUGCAGGUAUUGGAUGCUUUACUCAAUCAUCUCCAGGAGACUUUAGAACUGGCAACCUCCAGGGGAGAAGGAGCAGGACCAGAGAGCAAGCAGGUGAAUGUUCCUGAGCUGGUUCCUGCUCUGGUAGCUGCUGAGCAGAAGGCGGCGUCCUCACUGCGCUGGCGUGUGCAUGAGAAGCUCCUGCAGCGUUACUCCUGUCUGCCUCGUGUCGUCUCCGGAGACCACAUUUACUUCCGCUUCCUGCAGAGGAUGUUCAGCAUCAUCACCACCAACAAUGUGUUACCGGUGCAGAGGGAAGCUGCACGGACGUUGUGUGUGUUUCUGCGCUACAACAGGAAGCAGGAGCAGAGGCAGGAGAUCAUCAGUAAAAUCAUUCAGGAUCUUGCUCAGGGGCGGAGUUACUGGAACCGGUUGCGGUUUCUGGACCUGUGUGACAUCGCUAUCGACCUCUUCUCCAAGUCCUACUUCUGUAAACACUUCCUGCUGCAGGCUCUGGAGCUCAUCAGUGAUCCCGUGGCUAACGUCAGGUAUAAACUGUGCUACAUGCUGCCCAGGCUCAGGUCCACCAUCCGCCUACCAGCUGAUAAACAUCUGCUCCAGCAGCUGGAGUUCUGUGUGAGAAAGCUGCUGUGUCGCGAGAAGGACAAAGACGUCGUAGCCACAGUACGCAAGACAGUGCUGGAGUUAGACAAAAUGGACAUCACUGAACCGUAUCAUAAAAGGCAUGAAAGAGACCUCCUGGACCAGAAGAAGGAGAAGGAGGAGACUUUACUGCUGGAAAUGGAACUGCUAGAACGUCAGCAGAGUGAAGCCAAGCUGUCUGGAGAGAAGCACAGUGACAAAAAGAGAAGAGACAGCAAAGCAGGACUGUCUGGAACCAAAGGAAUGUCAGGGUCCACAUCUGGAGCCACUCUGUCCACAUCUGCUGGUAAGGAGAUGCGGAGAGCUAAACUGGCCCGCAGUCGUUCCCUCAGUAGCCACCCGAGCACUCCCAAAAUGUCCAACUCUGAGAAAAGCCUAAAAGUGAAGGAGUCAGGAAGUUGUCCUGGAUCAGCAAAGAGCUCUAUAAUAACAAUGAAUGAUGAGGCCCUGAGACCCCAUCAUUUUGCGGCGUCCUCGUCUCCGUCGCUGUCGCAGACUCCCUCCACCUCGUCCAUGCCUGUGCUGAUCCGCAGCAACACGAGCAGCUCUGUAGAGCAUCGCAGCAACACGAGCAGCAAAGACACACAGUCCAGAAAACUCUCCAUACAAAGGAAGUCCAACUCGUUCGGCAUGCAGUCUGGAAGGGAGUGAUGUACCGUACAGGUGAGGGGACUCUGACACGGAGCCUGAAGAAGAACCAGAUGGCAAUGCGUUCGUCUUCAGGACGCUGCGUUCAUCCCUCAUUCCUCCUCUGGAGCAGAACCUGCUGAACUCUCAUGCUCAGGCUGUAGAGGAGGAACCAAGGAGGCACCAGGAUCCUUCUCACAAGUAAACAUCGAUCCAUCUCUGCCUUAUUCCGCACCAAAUCUUGUAUCAUUUUGUCCAAAAACAAAAGAAAGAAAAAGGAGUAAUAGGUAAUGAUGUUCUUUAUUUAUUUUGUCAUUUAUUUUGGUUUUCUUUCUUUUUUUUUUUUUUUGUA